AUGUAUUUCUGGCUUGUAAUCAAAUUUUCUUUCACAAUUGCGAAGCCUCGAAAAAGAAGGGUAAUCAGUGAAUCUGAAGAUGAAGGUACGCCACUGAAGCGCAGCAAAUUGACUUCGGACAAUAAAGAAAAAGACUUCGAUUUGAAUUUACCAUUCGCCCAGCUCCAGGAUUUUCAAAACUUCGAAAAUCAGCUAGAAGCAGAUCGGAUGAUCCGAAAGCGUUUCAAAUCAACGCUAUCAGAUCUGUUCACGACCGAUAUUAGCGUUACGCUAGCCCAGAAGAAUAUGAUACAAAAAUAUAUCUCCAGAAGCGUGAUAAUGCAGUACACUGCGCAGAAGAAGACGGACAAAAAAUCGCUUAUAUUCAAGAAUACUCGAUUUUAUAGAGCAAUGCUAGAUGAUAUGAGCUCCAAGUACAAGGCCCAGAAGCUAAUUCUAACAGAGAAAGAUUUUCUGAGAGAUCUCUGUUGA